UCAACAUCCUCAGGAAGAGAGGAGAGGAAGAGGGAGGAGGAGGAAGGAGCGAUCUUGUUUCUCACUGCCAGCUCCGUUCCUUCUGUUUCCAGGCUGUGGGGUUUUCACCCAGCCUGGACUGACUGAGCUGCUGCUGUACGACGAUCCGAGACGCCAAAUCAUGAAUUCGGCAGAGCAGACGGUAACGUGGCUUAUCACGCUGGGGGUCCUGGAGUCUCCCAAGAAGAGCGUGUCGGAUCCAGAGGCUUUCCUCCAGGCGUCCCUGCAGGAUGGAGUGGUUCUGUGCAGGCUGCUGGAGCGACUCAGACCCGGGACGGUGGACAAAUUUAUCCAGGAACCGAGGAGCGACAGCGAGUGUCAGAGGAACAUUGCGGAGUUUAUUAAGGGCUGCGGGGCUUUCAGUGUAGAGCUGCUGGUCAAAGCGCGUUUCGCCUUCCAGCCGACCAACGAGGACGAGCUCUCCUUCUCCAAGGGUGACGUCAUCUGUGUGACCAAGCAGGUGGAGGGGGGCUGGUGGGAAGGCUCGCUGAACGACAGGACUGGCUGGUUCCCCAGUAACUACGUGCGGGAGCUGAAAGGAAGCGGUGGGUGCUGA